AUCGAGUGAGGCGGAAGUAGCCCUUAGGUCGAUUUUAUAUAGAUGUCGUAAACCGGAGACGCGCGAAUGCAGCCGACCGCCAAUGGUGACCCUAGUCACGACGAAGUCGAUAAGCCAUUGGACGACCGUGACGCUCGCAGAUGGCAGUAGUUGCGCGAUCAGCAUAUUUUUCACAAAUUUGAAAUUCAUCAAUGACUGUCGAGUUCUACGAGGAGUAAUUUUUAAUACUGCUUUUUUUUAGUAAUGUUGUUUAAUUACAAAACGUAUUUAUUCUCGCGAAAAUGUGUUCACACUAUGUUUAAUAAUUCAAGAUUUUAAUAAUAUAAAUUAAUGUAACUCUUAUUUAACAUCGACACCACUGGCACUUUUAACAAAUCCGUAUAACGAUAUAUAGCCUAAUAUAACGCGGUACUCCCGCGCAACUUCGUGUUCCGAGGAAAGUGAAAAUUAUUUAUAACAUAUAUAUCGUCUGUUUUUUUAUUUAAUUAAAAUUCUCGAAAUAAAAUGAAUACGCAAAGUACUACUCCAAGUGAAACGAACACAAACCAGAAGUGGACUACUUUGGAGCUUACUGGACUCGUAGAAGAUGAGGAUUCCCAUGUGUACUUUCAAAGGACCACCAAACACCUCGCGUCAUCCAUAUCAUUUUAAUGAUGUGCGAAAAGCUUUGAACAGCAUUUUAGAUUCCUUUCGGAAUACAUACGACAGAGAUUUGGAAGGCUUUGUGCUUGACUUCAAAAAGCCCAAGUUGCUUAGCAAUCUAAGAUAUACAUUUUAUGAUUCCCCCUUCAUUCACGUUGAUGUGGAAGCAGACUUUUAUUUAUUCCGACCAACAGUUGGAUGCAUUUUAAAAGGUAUAGUGAAUAAAACAGGUGCGGAUCAUGUUAUAAUGCUGGUACAUAAAAUGUUUACUGUAUCCAUUCCAAAACAAUACAACAUGGAAGAAUGGCCAGGUGAUAAGGUAGAAGUUGGCCAGCAAAUUAGAUGCCACCUAACAGAAAUAAAUGAAUGGAGUAAGUUUCCUUUUAUUUGUGGUACUUUGAAGUCGGACUACUUAGAAGGCUGCAGAUUGCUGGAGAGUAUGAUUUAUCCACAAUGUGAUUGAUGCCGAUUUAGAUACUAGCUUCUGUAUCUAGAGUCAAUGGAGAUGGAGAGAACACAAUCAAUAAUUUUCCUUGUGAAAGUUCGGAUGAAGAACGAAAUUUUCAUGGUCCUUUGGUUUCCUUCUUCUUUCUUCCCCAGGACUAUCAUUUACAUCACUGAUAUCCUCUUCCUUUUUAAUCCAUGCAGAUUUCAAAUAUGAGUCUCUAGAUUUUGUAUGUUUCGUUGAAAUAUUUUUCUUUUCUUUGCCAGAACUGUUCGCAGUACUACAUACGUCUUCGCUACUGUCAAUUUAAGAUAUAGACAUCAAUGUACAGUAUUCGAAAAAAUUGUUACGUGUAUAAUAAUAAUUGUUAUUUGUUUUUGUAUAUAGACACAAUAUUUCAGAAAAUUAACAAGUCGCUUCAUGCAUUUUUGUAUAGACACAUUUAUUGUCGAUAUUUUCUAAUAUAUUCCAUAUUAUAAUGUUUGCACGUUCAAGUUUAUAUAAUAUGUAUAUAUUAGAAAUAUAUGCAUAUUUAUACGAAUAUAACAAUUAUCAAAACUUACAACUACGUCAUGAUGCAGAUUAUAAUAAAUACACAUAAUAUGUAUGUACAAAUUAUGAUGUUUAUGCAAAAAAAAGAUCUAACUAUCUA